AUGGCAUUCAAUUAUCGUGCUAAGUUGUCUAGAAGUCGGAAUUUAGUGAAUUUGGCAUUGGGAAAUGAAAAUAACAGUGCACAUAACAACGAUUUAGGUUAUGAAAAAGACGAUUUUAUAGAAAAUAGCGAUGAUAACCUUUCUCCUUUGCCGUUUGGAGCCAGUGAGAUAUUCACAAAUUGCAGUUUAAGUCUGCUCAAUGAUAUAUUUGAAAAUGAUUCCCCUCAACAAGAAAAACAAAAUGAUACAUUAGAAAAUUCUACUUUGCUCGACUCUGAUAACAUGUUAAUUUGUAAUAGUCAAUUACCUCAACCCCAUGAAAAGUGUACCCAUAGUGACACUCAUGAAAAAGAAAACUAUUCUGAUUUACACUCAAACUGUCUUUCAGUACAAGAAACAAAUGAUCACAAUUAUGAGCCCAUAGCUAACAGUUCAUCAAUCAUAGUAACACAUAAUAAUCUGUCAAGCGACAAAGUUUUUGAAUCUUCAAUCGACCAUCAUAGUGAAGAUUUCGGUAAAAAUACAGAUCUGUUAUCUAAUUACGAUAUGCGAGAUGUUGAUAAUGCGACCCCAAUGCCAUCAUCUAAUAAUAGUUCUUUCGGUGAAGAAGAACCUAUUCCUUCAGUCCUAUCAUUAUUAUCAGAUGCGACUGCAUCGUCCCCUGUUUCACAGUAUUACUCAUCAAGUGAUGUUUCAACUCCUAAGGGGCCCAGAAAAAGAAAAUUUACUAAAAAAAGAGAUAAUGGAAGAUUAAGAGAAAAAUUUCGUAAUGAAUGGAUAGAUUCGAAAAGAAAAAGACUUAAAAAUACUGGGAAAGCGUAUAACAGUAGAAAUGGAAAAUUAAGAGAUGAGAAACAAAUAGGUGAACCAUGUCAGAGCACAUGUAAACUAAAGUGUUUUGAAAAACUUGAUGCAGACGUAAGGAGUGCUAUAUUUCAUCAAUUUUGGAUGAUUGGAGAUCAUUCUAAGCAAUAUGACUUUAUUGUUAACUAUGUAGUAAGAAUAAAUAAAAAAAGAUCGGUUACCCAGGGUGACUCACGAAGGUCAUACACAUAUGUGUACCAUUUGCCUAUUACUCAAAAUAAACAAAAGACGAAACUAGUGGUAUGCAAGACGAUGUUUUUAAACACCAUUCGUUGUGGGCCCAAAAUGAUAAGAACUGCAAUGAGUAAAUUUUAUGAUACAAGUAGGCUCACUUUGGUUGAUAAUAGAGGUCGACAUGAUCACCAUAAAACAUCUAUUGAUGCAGUAAUGAUCAAAAGUGUGCUGGACCACGUCAAGUCUUUUGAACCGGUUGAUUCACAUUAUUGUCGCAAAGACAGUAAUAAACUUUAUUUAGAUGGCUCUUUAAGUUUUAUUCGAAUGUUCAAGUUAUACAAAGAAUGGUAUGAUCCAUCUAAAUAUGGUAAUAAAUGUGAGUCAUUAAGGCAAUACAGGGAUAUAGUAAACAAAAAUAUUAAUUUGUCAUUUCACCAGCCAAAAAAAGACCAAUGCCAUGUUUGUCAUUCUUUCAAAAACGGUUCUGUGACUCCUGAAAAUAAAAUAUUUUUUGAUAAUCAUAUAAUCAGCAAAAAUCAGGCUAGAUCCUUAAAAGAAAAGGAUAAACGUGAUUCACAAAAUGACACGAAAAUAUUCUGCGCUACUUUUGAUUUGCAAAAAGUGUUGUUGUCCCCAAGUGGUGAAAUUAGUCUAUUUUAUUACAGUAAAAGGUUGAAAGUACAUAACUUAUCAAUUUUUGAUGUUGGGAAGUUAAUUGGUACCUGUUACUUAUGGAAUGAACAAAUAGCAAUGAAGGGUUCGAACGAAAUAGCCAGUUGUAUUUAUGAUAUAAUUAAAUUAAAAAGUCAAGAAGGUUGUGACGACUUCAGAUUUUGGUCAGACAAUUGCACUGGCCAAAACCGAAACAGGAUUAUGUUUUUUAUGUAUCUGUACGCUGCUAAACAGUUUAAUUUGAAUAUAAAGCAUUCUUUUCUUGAAGUAGGCCACACUCAAAAUGAAGGCGAUUCCAUACACGCCACUAUUGAAAGAGCUUCAAAAUAUAAAAAUAUUUACACACCCUCUGAAUGGAGCUCAUUGAUUCGAUGGGCGAAAUCAAAAGGAAGUCCUUAUAACGUCAUAGACGUAGCUCAAAAUAUGAUUUAUGACUUCAAAAAGAUGCAGACAAAUACACACUUUAACUGGACUAAAAACUCAGAAGGACAAAAAAUUGUUUGGUCUAAAAUAAAACAAAUUCGUGUCAGACGAGAUGAACCAUACGUUUUAUACUAUAAAUAUGAUUUAAGUGAAGAUGCUAUUGAAAAUCAUAUUAAAAUCUUAGAUCAGCCAGUACGAACAAGAAGGCAAAUUGUCGAAAGACCUACAGAUAUUCCUUUGCAACUAUGUUAUAAUCAGCUGUUACCAAUACAACCUUCCAAGAAGAAAGACUUGCUUGAUUUAUGUCGAAAAAAUAUUAUUCCACCUGCAUACCACAGUUAUUAUGAAAAUUUAGUAACAUCGAAUGACAUUGUGUCAAUUAAUGAAAGCGAUAAUGAAGAAAAUUAA